GCUUUUGGGUGGGUGUUUUGUGCCUCCCUCGUACAGGGGGUGCUUGGGCAGAACAAAAGCCCCCCCUGGUUCUCUCUGCCCAGUUUUGGGGGACACUGCACUGCCAGGGCAGGGGCUCUGUCUUGGGUGUGAGUGACAGAUCGUGGCUUCCUGUGGUUUCUCUCUGCAGAGCAGCGUGACAGAACUCACCACUCGGGUGUCAAACUCCCCACAGAGGAGCUGAGCAGGGACCUGGUGGCUGUGAUGACCUGGGAGAGGCCACUGAACUCACCUGCAGCUUUUGCUCUGAGCUCUGUGGUACUGCUUUCCAUCUGAGCAGCUCUGAAGCACAGACCUCACCAGGCUGAACAUCUGUGGUGCAGCUUUAGCUCUGGCUCAUCGAGAGGGACUAAAACUCCGGGACCUCCUGAGGUGAGGGAUGGAUUGAGGCUCUCACCCCGUGUUGGGUGUUCUUCUCUCCAGCAGAAACCAUGGCAGGCGUUUCCUGGGCCUCCAAUGAGACAGUUGCCAGUGGCAGCUCAGAGCAGCUCUGGCUGGAAGCAGAUUUCCAGCAUUCCUUGUUCCCUGUCACCUACGGCGUCGCCUUCGUGCUGGGGCUGGUGGGAAACGCCCUGGCCCUUUACCUGCUGUCCUGCAGAGCGAAGCACCUGUCCCACUCCUACAUCUACCUGCUCAACCUGGCCCUGCUGGGCACCCUGUUUGUCUGGGUGCUGCCUCUCAAAAUCCACUACCACCUGCACGGGAGCAACUGGAUCUUCGGGGACGCCGCCUGUCGAGUCACAGGGACCCUGUUCCACCUCCAAAUCCACCUCAGCACCGCCCUCCUCACCUGCAUCUGCGUGGACCGCUACGUGGCCGUGCUGCACCCCCUCACCUACAUCCAGAUCAGGGCCAGCCACUGCGUGCUGGUGGCCACGGCCCUGUGGGUGGUGGCCCUCGGUGUCGCCAUCCCGCUCGCCCUGGAGGGUCCCCUCCUCAGCCGGGGCGUGGGGAACACCACCACAACCUGCUUCGAGGACAUCCCCACGGGCAGCCGGGCCCGGCAGGCGGCCCCUCACGACGUGCUGGCCGUGGUGGUGGGGUGUGGGGUGCCCUUCUCCCUCGCCCUGGUGGGGUGGCCGCUCGUGGCCGGCGGGAUCUCGCGCGCCAAGCGCGGCGCGUCCAGGAGGAGGGCCCUGGGCACCGUCUGCAUCGUCCUGGCCAUCUGCGCCCUGUGCUUCCUCCCCCAUCACCUCGCCCACCUGCUGCGCUUCCUGGUGAGGGUCCAGGUCAUCCGGGACGAGUCGUCGUCCGCCCUGAUCUGCAGGAUGAGGAGGGUCAGCCUGGCCCUGGUGAGCCUCAGCUGCUGCCUCACCCCACUCCUGUGCUACUACAGCUCCUCCAGCAGGCACUGGCACUGCAGCUUCAGGCUCAGGUUCAGGUCUAAAAAGGUGUUCACCAUCUGUGACCGGAAUUUUGGGGAGCCCUCCCGUGAUUAUAAACUCUGGCAGAGAUGUGGAAGCAAAACCCCCGGAGAUGGAGUCAACUGGUUUGCUUCAAACCCACGUGGCUUCUGAGAACCCGCUGAGUUUCCCACCCCAUGAAAACGCUGAGACCGGGGAGAGGAUUUUUCAUCUGAGGCACCAGAAAAACCACAGGCCCUGGCUGACAACCCAGGUUUACUUCAGAGGGAUGAGGGUUUUUGGGGUAAGAGAUGCAGAGACUCGCUGCUCUGCUCCACCCCCAGGCCACCCCAAAAC